UGUACCUCAGCAGUUUAUUAAAUGGUGAAACGUAAAUCAGAAGAUUCAGAUUGCCCGGAUCCAGAAGAUUUUAAUCAUGAAACUAGAUUAGCAAGAUCCACAUUCAACAAUGUCGCAAAGAGAAUGGUGUCUAGCAUUGCGCCCAUCGGGAAUUCGGAUGCAGAAACAUGCUUCGGUAAUAGAAAUCAACUGGAAUAUCUUAUAACCCACUCAUUAGACAGUGACCAAGAUUGUGAUGUUGAAAGAACCAGCUCCACUGAAUCUCCUAAUAUACGUACAACAUGUAGAAAUUUUUCGAUAAUGGUGGAUGACCUUGAUCUUCUAGCUGAUUCGCUAGGGCAUGAGAGUAAUGGUACGAAUGGAAGAGAAUUGGAUAGUGGUGAAAGUAGGGUAGUACAUGAGUAUGGACCAACCACUGAUGAAUGUCAAGAACUUCCCCAGGAUAAUUCACCGGUUUUAUUACAUGAAUUAAGUGAUGACUCUGAUUGUGAAAUCAUACGUGUGGUCUCAAAUGGAAAUCGGAGAGCUGUGAAUAAUAAUGUAGUUUCUCAAGGCACUCAAAUGAACAACUCGAGUUCAAUAUUCCCUAAUAAUAUCAACGAUCAACGUGGCUUAAGUGGUGACAAUUGGCAAUGCAUACCCCCCCUUACCCUUCAGGAUAGCGCAGCUUUACUUGCAUUAUCACAAAGGGGUUCAGAUCGUCAAAGCGACAUAUUGGCUGAUGAUGAUGAUGAUGUUAUCCUUGGUCCUAUAUAUUGGGGGACCCGUGUCGAAUCGACAUUACCCGUUGUAUACAAUCAUAACCCACAUACGACUGUAUAUAACAUUAUCGAUACCAACGUCGAUCAAAGCAAGCGUAACGAAAUUGGAUCGUUGGAAUCUGACGGGGAUUUUGCCAAAACGAUAAUUGAUAGCAUUGAAUUUUUAUUUCGAUGUCCCAUUUGUUAUUCUACUAUCGCAAGAUUCAAGACAGCCAAACCCCCAAGUGGUAACGAUCGAAUCAUAUAUUCUACCAAGUGCGGUCACAUGUACUGUUAUGAGUGUAUAGAAGGGGUAAAGAAACGUCGUGAAUGUCCUUUAUGCAGAAAGUCGAUCAGGGAUUCAAAGCAGUUUCAUCCUGUAUACCCUUGAAGGCAUAAAUGUAGGAGAUUGUGUCAUAAUAGUUAUGCCAUCGCUAAUGAGGUGAUCUAAUUCACAUUGCUGCGGCUCCUGUGCAUUCAUGGAAUCUCUACGUGCGUUGUAUUACAUAUUCCUCUAUCUAUUAGACCCACAUGAUCCCUGUGAUGGCAUCUAUUCAUGGUAUCCUCUGCUAA